AAGGUCACAUGAUUAUUAACAAGGAAGAAGCCGUUUGCACUGAACAACAUACAGCGUUUUAUUUUUUUACAACGUUUAUAAUCAGUGUUUGAUGUUUAACGUUUUUUUUUCUUCUCUUCUCUCUUUGAAGUUUUCCUUGUCUUGAAUGCAGUAUUACAUGUUAAUAAAUCAUUUAGUUGUUAACAAAUGUUCGAAACUUGACCUAGAUACUUUUAUCUGGCAAAAAUCCUGCAAGAAGACACAACAAUGAGCGCGUUUAGAAAAAGAGGAAGUGUUCUUGUUGUCCUUUAUUACGUCUGGAGUGUUCACGUCCUUUUCGGAUACAAUGUAUCCAGAGAGGAGCAGUACGAUCUCAGCCUGAACAGGAAAUGGACCAUACAGAAUUCAAAUGGGUCUCUGUCGCUUCCUGCAGACGUACCAGGGUGUGUACACUCUGCUCUCCUGAAACAGGGCUUUAUCAAGGAUCUCUACUUCAGGUUCAAUGAUGUAGCAUACAGGUGGAUCGCUCUUGACAACUGGACAUACACGACGACAUUUUCUGCCUCAACAGAGCUAAGGGCUAAACAAAGAGUCCAGCUGGUGUUUGAAGGAGUGGACACCGUAGCGUCCAUCUCUCUGAACGGAGUUGUUGUGGGAAAGACGGACAACAUGUUCCGCAGAUAUGACUUCAGCGUAGGCCAGUUGUUGAGGGAAGGGCAGAACGUUGUGAAGGUGAACCUCCUAUCCCCCGUCGUGUACGCCUCAGAGAGGAGUCGUGCUCACUCCUCCUACAGGGUACCCCCUGACUGCCCUCCACCCGUCCAGAAGGGAGAAUGUCACGUCAACUUUAUCAGAAAGGCUCAGAGUUCCUUCAGCUGGGACUGGGGACCGUCAUUUCCAACCACGGGGCUGUGGAAGGGUGUUCAUCUGGAGGCCUUUGAUGUGCUGCGCCUAAUCCAUCUCUCUACUGUACCAGUCUAUAACUCCUCUCUGUCUCAGUGGGUGGUAAAAGUGGAAGUGUUGGUUGAUGCUGUGGAAGAGACUAAAGUCGAGUUCAACCUCUCUCUGAUGGAGAUGUCUACAGAACAGUCCUUCACGGUGUUGUUCCCAUCUGGGCAGAGCAAGAACACCUUGAGCCUCCAUGUCAGCACAAGUAACCCGGUGAAGCUGUGGUGGCCCAGUGGCCAUGGUGAGCAGCACUCCUAUCAUCUCAGUGUGAGAGGAACCAUGCUGGAGGGAGCAGCCAUACUCAGGACAGACACACAGGUGUAUUUCCGUACAGUAGAGCUGGUCCAGGAGCCAAUCGCUGGUUCCCCUGGGCUGAGUUUCUACUUCCGGGUCAACAAGAAGCCCAUCUUCCUGAAGGGUUCAAACUGGAUCCCAGCUCACGCCCUUCAGGACCUGGUCAGCCCUGCUGAUGUGAGGAACCUUCUACAGUCGUCCGUGGACGCCAAUAUGAACGCUCUCAGGGUCUGGGGUGGAGGUGUCUAUGAACAGGACCUGUUCUACUCUCUCUGUGACGAGAUGGGAAUUAUGAUUUGGCAGGACUUCAUGUUUGCCUGUGCCAUGUACCCCACUGAUCCUGACUUCAUAGAGACGGUCAGAGAGGAGGUUGGCCAACAGGUGAGGCGCUUAAAGUCCCACCCGUCGGUCAUCGUGUGGAGUGGGAACAACGAGAAUGAGGCGGCCCUGGCCACUGAUUGGUUCGGCAUCCCUGUUGCCCAGCAACCCCGCUACCAUAGAGACUAUGUGACUCUGUAUGUGGACAACAUCAGGGCUGUUGUUCAGAAGGAGGACGGUAGCCGCCCUUUCCUAGUCUCCAGCCCCACUAACGGAGCAGAGUCUCAGCAGGAGGGCUGGGUGGCCCACGACCCCUACGACGCACACUAUGGAGAUACACACUACUAUAGCUACAGCCAUGACUGCUGGGACUGGACGGCCCUGCCACGCACACGCUUCGCCUCCGAGUACGGCUUCCAGUCCUGGCCUUCCUUCUCCACCUUGCAGAAGGUGUCUGUUUCUGAAGACUGGAGCUAUGGGAGUAACUUCUCUUCUCAUCGUCAGCACCAUCAGACUGGCAACCAGCAGAUCCUACAGCAGGCUGGACUACACUACCAGCUCCCAGACUCAGCAGAUCCACUGAAGAGAUACAAGGACACACUGUAUAUUACACAGGUCAUGCAGGCCCAGUGCGUUAAGGUCCAGACAGAGUUCUACCGCCGCAGCCAGAGCGAGGUCAUCGAGGGCAAAGGUCACACCAUGGGAGCUCUCUACUGGCAACUCAAUGAUAUCUGGCAGGGCCCUUCCUGGUCCUCUAUAGAGUUUGGUGGGAAGUGGAAGAUGCUCCAUUACUUUGCCAAGGACUUCUUCUCCCCUGUGCUUCCGGUGGGCUUCGAGGACCAGGGUAAUCUGGUGGUCUAUGCUGUGUCUGACCUGAGCCACGACCUUCACCUCAGGACUGUGGUUUCAGUCUAUGAGUGGAGCAGUCUGGAUCCCGUGUGCACUGUGGCUUCUGGAUUGGUGCUCGUGGAAGGAGGAAGUGCUGAGGUCAUCCACAAACAGCCAAUCACAGCCCUGCUGGCUGGGUGUGGGGGCGGGAGCUGUACCCGCCUCACCUGUCUCUUGACCUUUCACCUCGAGGACGUCAACAGCCAGCAAGGUCCCAUUAAUCACCUCUUCCUCAGCUCGCCGAAAAACGCCCAGGGGAUGCUGAGACCCAACAUCUCGGCCGAGGUGCAGCAGGACGAGACGGGACGAUACACUGUGGCCCUGAAGUCCUCUGCCGUAGCAGCUUUCGUAUGGCUGGAUGUGGGGGACGUCCCAGGACGAUUCAGCACCAACGGAUUCCUCAUGACCACCAGGAACAGAACGGUCACCUUUAACCCCUGGGGUCCCACCAGUAGCCAGCAGCUAACCCGGGCCCUGACUGUUACGUCAUUGAGAGAUGUGUACUGACUAUCUUGCGUAUGAAAUGGCAUCCCAUACCCUACAUAGUGCACUACUUUUGACCAGAACUCUAUGGGUUGUACACUAUAUAGGGAAUAGGGUGCCAUUUUGGACGUACUUACUGAACCACUACCCAGUACCCAGGAGUUAACCCAAACCCUCUCCCUAAACUCUCUCAGAGAUGAGUACUGAGCAAGGUUAUUAUAGUAAACGAAAACUAAUCAUGAGAAAACGAUUUAGUAAACUGAAAUAAAAUAAAACUACUCUUAAACUAUUGUCUUUGACUCUAAAACGAACCAAAAUCAAAUAAAAAUGACUGUAGUUAUGUAACAUAUCUAAGACUCGCAAAAUAGAUCAAGAUGAACUUAACUCGCUAGUAGCCAGAUAACGCCAGCUAGCCAGCUAGCCAGAUAACGCCAGCUAGCCAGAUAACGCCAGAUAACGGCAGCUAGCCAGAUAACGUCAGCUAGCCAGAUAACGUCAGCUAGCCAGAUAACGUCAGCUAGCCAGAUAAUGUCAGCUAGCCAGCUAGCCAGAUAACGCCAGCUAGCCAGAUAACGUCAGCUAGCCAGAAAACGUCAGCUAGCCAGAUAACGUCAGCUAGCCAGAUAACGUCAGCUAGCCAGAUAACGUCAGCUAGCCAGAUAACACCAGCUAGCCAGAUAACGUCAGCUAGCCAGAUAACGUCAGCUAGCCAGAUAACGUCAGCUAGCCAGAUAACACCAGCUAGCCAGAUAACGUCAGCUAGCCAGAUAACGUCAGCUAGCCAGAUAACGUCAGCUAUCCAGAUAACGUCAGCUAGCCAGAUAACGUCAGCUAGCCAGAUAACGUCAGCUAGCCAGAUAACGUCAGCUAGCCAGAUAAUUUUCUGAGGAUACCAACAGAAGUUAGGGUAAUUACUGAGGAUGGCGCCAGAAGUUAGGCUAAUUACAUGGGAGUAACGGGAAUACCCUACUUCUGUACCCUACACGGGGGUGUGAUCACGCUUCGCCUGCAACUCAAUCAAUUUGACAAAAAUAACAUUUUCUGGUGCUCCUAAAUUUCAUGUGGUGCUCCUAAUUUUUUUAAAGUAGGGAGCACCAGUGCUACCAAUUAUUAAUAUAUAUAUAUAUAAUUUUUUUUUAAAUUUAAAGCCCUGACUGAGACCCUCUCCCUAACCUACCUCAGAGAUGAGUACUGAGACAUGAGAAACCACAACACACUCUGACAGCUGGAUGGACAAUUUUGUGUGUGGGAUUUGUUGUAAAUAAGAUACAAUAAUAAAUGUACAAUAAUAAAGUAAAUGGAGAUAUA